GGAUGCUGUUUCGUAAGCGUCAUAGGACAAGGACACGAAUUGUCGUAAGAAAUGGAUGAUUUUGUCGUAGAGAUUGAACCAUUUUUAGUGUGUUGACACCCGUUUGGUCGAACGAGGUGAAAAUGACACGAAUUGGUAGCGAGAGGGUAUUAUCGUAAAAACGAGGGUUUUGAUUGAUGUUUUGUAACAUCAACAACUCAUUCUUCCCCCCCCGGAGACACCGCCGGCCUCACCUUCUUUUUCUCUCAUUUCCUCUCUCUCUUUGCUCCUCCAUCUUUGUUACACGAUGGCUACGACGGAGUCCAGUGCCGCUAAUCCGGCAUCAGCCUUCUUUCCUCCUUGUGACAAGGACAAGAAGCCUGUCUGGAACAAGCCUUGUAUCAGCUCAUCCCCUCCUCUUAUGGGCGCCGAUUCAUGGCCUGCUUUGUCUCCUCUAUCUUCCCACAAGUCCCCCUCUUCCAAAGGUUUACCUGAUGGAUCAUCGCCAAUGCCGCAGGCAGCUGCUGCUACCUCAUCUGAUUACCAUAGUGCUGAUAACUUAAGCAAAGAUAAACACUUGAGGGGUCAGAUGAAUGAUGAAGGUUGGGUUCCUGUUAGAAUAAUAGCAGGUUUCAGAAGACUUGCGGAACUGACAGACAACAUUCAGACUAUAUUAGAGGCGCUGAGAAGUUCAGAAGUUGUGGAAAUUAAGGGUGAAGCAUUAAGGAGGCGAGGAGAUUGGGACAAGUAUUUACUUCCUCAUGAACCGUCAAGCUCUGGUCCUGCGACCUCACUGGGGUCUCAACUUGAGAGCAUGACUCUAUCAGAGAGGAGCAGAGAGGGAGAGUAAACAGAUGCUGAGUAAAAAAGAUGUGUUUUGUUCCAUUUGCAACUCUUUGUUAAACACCAUGUUGUUUUUGUCUUUUUUGGAUUGACUCUACUUGAAACAGCAUAAAAAAUAUGUUAUUCUCCGCUGGGUUCUUUAAUAUGGUUUGGUUAAUACUUAAUAGUGGAUAAAAAUGCUUGCACCAUC